UGAGAGAGCUGAUGAUUGUUUGUGUUGUUGUACCGUUUGGCCUGCGUUGGAAGAACAUUGUCGUGUUUUGGCAGGUGGCUCGGCAGCUGCAGCCCUCAGUCAUUUGGAUUGGCGACGCUGAGAAAACAUUCUACAAGAAAGUUCCAAAGCUGGAGAAAGAGAUGGAACCCAAAAGACUAAAGAAAAACCUGCCGAAGGUCCUGAAAUCUAUUAAACCAGAGGACCGUGUAUUAGUGGUGGGGACGACUCAUAGACCUUUUGAUGCAGACAUAAAACCUUUCUGUAAAGUUUACAAGAAGAUCGUUUUGAUCCCUAGACCAGAUUAUGCUUCAAGAUUUACUCUGUGGAAGGAGCUGCUCCAAGCAGGUGGUGCUCAGCUGGGCCCUAAGCUGGAUCUGAGCUCCCUAGCUAAAGUAACAGAUGGUUACACUCAGGGUCACAUCCUUCAGGCGAUCCAAACUGUCCUGAACUCUCACCGCCUCAACCAGCAGACCAAGAGACCCCUCACGGCGGUGGAGUUCAUCCCCCCUCUUGCAAGACAAGAUCCUGUCUACAAAGAAGAGGAGGAAGCCUUUAAGGCAUGGUACAGCCGGACACCUCUGAGCAAAAAACGGGCACGAGCGGCCAAGGCCAGUGAGGAGGAGGAUCACAAGAAAGGGAAAACUAAAGGAGGAAAAUCACAAAAGAAAGAAAAGAAGGGAAAGACUAAAAAGAGAAAGAAAAAGAAAUGAAAAUGGACUAACAAAACAGGUGACACCGUUUGUGGUCAUCUAAUCAGAGCCUAAAUUCAAAUACAGCCACAGUUUCUCUUCUGGCCAGCAGAGGGCAUGAGCACAUCUCCCAAAGAAGAGUCUACUUAUGUCUACCAGUACUGUAUGUUUAAUCCUUUCCUUUUUUGCUCAACAAGUACAUUUUGUGGGGUGUUUUUUGUUUGUUUUGUUUGACUUUGUUUCUCAUCUGUGUGUUUUGUUAGCAUCAUGUGUCUUCUCUUCAGUUGUAUUGUUGGCUAAUUCUAAUAUUUCGUACUUUGCAUUAGUACUGCUGUACUAUUGUAGUUUUCUGCAAAUUGUUUUUUAGAAAAAAAAAGUUUGGUUAUAUAGUUUUGC